AUGCACGCAUUAAUCGAAACUGAAGGUGAAAAGAUCUCCUCAAAACUAGUAAAUCAAGGCAUAAAAUGGCAUUUUAUUCCUCCUCGAUCACCGCACUUUGGCGGUUUAUGGGAAUCAGCUGUCAAGUCGUUUAAAAGACACUUCUUUCGCACAGUAGGAAACACACUAAUGACCUUCGAAGAUUUUAACACUCAUGUUAUUGAAAUAGAAGCUAUUUUAAACUCGCGCCCUUUGACACCAAUGUCUACAGAUCCUAAUGAUCUUAUUGCGUUAACUCCAGGUCAUUUUUUAAUCAGUGAUUCAUUAACAAGUUUCCCUGACGUAAAUUUUUCUGAAGUUCCUACCAAUCGCCUUUCAAGAUGGCAUAAAGAAUAUCUCAACGAAUUAAAUACCCGGAAAAAAUGGAAUAAAAAGGGUUCAGAAGAAUUUACUGUUGGUGCAAUGGUAUUAGUUAAGGAAGAUAAUUUACCUCCACUUCAGUGGAGUAUAGGACGAAUUGUAGAAGUUCAUCCAGGCAACGAUGAUAUUGUAAGAGUAGUUAGCAUUAAAACAAUAACAGGAAUUUAUAAACGUUCAAUCAAAAAGAUUGUACUACUUCCUAUUGAAAAUUGA